CACUGUCUGCACUACCGGGCCCCAGAAGUCGACCAUACUUCUCUUUCUUCUUCCUUGAGCUGCUUUCUGUUCCUCUGCGUCUUGUCCGUCCUUUUAUUUUUAGUGUGUUUGGUGAACACAGACAGGGAUGGCGGAGCUGGAGGGCCUGGAGUUUGGGAAGUCAGACUUUGUUCUGCUGGAUGAGGUGACGAUGGAGCAGUUUAUGGAGAAUCUGAAGUUGAGGUUUGAGAAGGGCCGUAUCUACACCUACAUCGGAGAAGUAGUCGUCUCCGUUAACCCGUACAGACAGAUGGACAUUUAUGGCAAAGACACCAUUGAUGCGUACCGGGGUCGCGAGCUGUAUGAGAACCCUCCUCACCUGUAUGCAGUGUCUGAUGCUGCCUAUAAGGCUAUGAAAAGACGGGCCAAAGAUACCUGCAUCGUCAUAUCAGGUGAAAGUGGGGCCGGAAAAACAGAAGCUAGUAAAUACAUUAUGCAGUACAUUGCAGCAAUCACAAACCCAAGCCAGCGGGCAGAGGUCGAGAGCGUGAAGAAUGUGCUGCUCAAAUCCAACUGUGUGCUUGAGGCCUUUGGGAACGCCAAGACAAAUCGCAACGACAAUUCCAGCCGCUUCGGCAAGUACAUGGACAUCAACUUCAACUUCAACGGGGACCCCACUGGAGGACACAUCAACAACUACCUGCUGGAGAAGUCCAGGGUGGUCCAUCAGCAAGACGGGGAGAGGAACUUCCACUCAUUUUACCAGUUACUGCGUGGAGGCUCAGAUGAGAUGCUGGAGUCAUGUCAUCUACAGAACGAUCCUGCUCUUUAUACCUAUACCAAAGAGGGAGCUGCAACUACCACCUCCAACAACGACCGCUCAAGCCACAAAGCAGUGAUGAGUGCCCUGGACGUGAUUGGCUUCUCUAAAGAGGAAAUUAAUUCAAUUUAUCAGAUCCUGGCCUCCAUUCUUCUGUUGGGUAACAUGCAAUUUGAGAGUGAUGGUGAGAGCGUUCAGAUCGUAGGACUUGAAGCCGUUAACCACAUCUCUGAGCUGACGGACACAGAUGCGGACAGUGUCAGUAAGAGCCUGCUGUACCGCACCGUGGCCACCGGGGGAGGCGAGGUCAUCGAGAAGGGACACACGGAGCAGGACGCUUGCUUCGGACGGGACGCUUUUGCCAAGGCUCUAUAUGAGAGACUUUUUGGCUGGAUUGUAAACCGCAUCAACAGCGUCAUCGAAGUUAAAGACUACAACCCAUUGCUUCAUGGGAAGAACACAGUCAUCGGUGUGCUGGACAUCUACGGCUUUGAGAUCUUUGACAACAACAGCUUCGAACAGUUCUGCAUCAAUUACUGCAACGAGAAGCUGCAGCAGCUGUUCAUCGAGCUGAUCCUCAGACAGGAGCAAGAUGAAUACCAGAGAGAGGGCAUCACCUGGCAACAUAUUGAUUACUUCAACAACCAGAUCAUUGUGGACCUUGUGGAGCAGCCUCACAAAGGCAUCAUCUCCAUUUUGGACGAAGCUUGCCUCACUGUAGGCAAAGUCACUGACACGGUCUGCCUGGAGAGCAUGGACACCAAACUGGCCCAGCACCCCCACUACACCUCCCGCAAGCUCACCCCCACGGACAAAACCAUGGACUUCAAGAAACACUUCCGUAUUCGCCACUAUGCGGGAGACGUCACAUAUUCUGUCGAAGGCUUUCUGGACAAAAACAAGGACCUGCUUUUCCAAGAUUUCAAGCGUCUCAUGUACAACAGUGCCAACCCAGUCCUGAAGGAGAUGUGGCCAGAUGGUCAGCUGAGUAUCACAGAGGUCACCAAGCGACCUCUGACUGCAGCCACCCUCUUCAAGAACUCCAUUGUGGCCUUGGUGGAUAAACUGAGCUGCAAGGAGCCUUACUACGUGCGUUGCAUAAAGCCCAACGAGAUGAAGUCUCCGGUGUUGUUUGAUGAUGCCCGGUGCCAGCACCAGGUGGCCUACCUGGGCCUGAUGGAGAAUGUGAUGGUGCGCAGAGCGGGCUUUGCCUACAGGCAGCAUUACGCUCGCGUCCUACAGCGGUAUAAAAUGACGUGCGAGUACACCUGGCCGAACCACCUGAUGGCCUCGGACAGAGAGGCUGUGGAAGCCAUCGUAAACCAGCAUGGUUUCCAGGACGAUGUGGCGUACGGACACACUAAGCUGUUUGUCAGAACGCCGCGGUCCCUCUACACUCUGGAGCAGGAGAGAGCGGCCCUCAUUCCCAUCCUGGUGCUCUUCCUGCAGAAGGUGUGGCGUGGGGCUUUGGCUCGCAUGAGGUGCCGAAGAAUGAGGGCCAUCUACACCAUUAUGGGCUGCUAUAAGCGCUACAAGGUGAAGGCCCACUUCUGGGAGGUGGAGAGGAGGUUCGCUAACGUGCGAACCAUGGCUGACUACGGAAAGAGUGUGGAGUGGCCGACCCCGCCUGCAGCUCUGUCCCAGUUUCACAACAACACAGUCAUGCUGCAUCGCCGGUGGUGGGCGAGGCAGAUUGUGAAGAACAUCCCUCCGUCUGACAUGCUGGAGGUUCGAGCCAAAGUUGCGGCUCUGACUGCUUUGAGCGGAGAGAGGAAAGACUGGGGAGUCAGCAGAGCCUGGGAGAGGGACUACCUGUCCAAUGUGCGAGACUGCCCUCAGACCAGCUCCAGCUUCAUGCGUGCUUCCAAGGAGCUGAGGAACAAAGACGAGUACAGUCAGGUCCUCUUCUCUGGCUUCUGUCGGAAGGUGAACAGAUUCAACAAAAGCACAGACCGUGCCGUGCUCAUCACAGACAAGUGCGUCUACAAAUUAGAGCCAAAGAAACAGUACAAGGUUUUGAAGAGGCUUCCCUUAGACACUUUAACAGGACUGAGUGUGACCAGCGGGGUCGACCAAAUGGUGGCGCUACACACGACCUCCCAGGAUGACGUCCUGCUGUGUCUGCAGCGAGGGGAGCUAUGCACCAACCAGGACCGAGUGGGCGAGCUGGUGGGAGCGUUGGUGGACCACUUCACACGUAUAAGAAAAGUCCAUUUCCCAGUGAAGGUUUGCCCUUCAGCUGUGCAGCUUCAUAUGCGGGGAAAACCAAAGAGCGUCACUGUAGAAACCAAGCCAGGCCAGACCAACGUAGAUUUUAAGAAGAGCCGAGAUGGUUUCAUCCUGCUCAUCCCCACUAAUUAACAGUUGUCCGACUCAAACACCGACAGCUUGACCUCAGGACCUGAGUGCUCUGCCUUUUGGGAACUUGUCUCUUAAUUUUGCCUUGAAAAACAGUUGUUUAUUGUUAAAGAUUGUUGAAAUAUUUUCACAAAGGUUUUUAAGUGUUAAGAGCGGAUACUGCUUUCUGAAUCCUGAGCUGCAGGAGGACGAUGUUUACUAGACAAUUACGAAAGUAUUGAAUAGAGAAGUUAGGAGAUAAUUUUGUUGUUGGAUAGACUCAGGACACAACUGCCAAACACACAUCUAUGAGUCUGUCUUUGCUUUUGAUGUUACAUAAAAUACUGAGGAUUUUUGAAGAUAUUUUUUAAAGACAAGAUGGAACAAAAACAGAAGUAAAUGCACUUUUUGAAUGACAAAUUGCACAUCAUAAUGCACCAAAACAACCAAGAGAAAAUAUCCCAGAUAUAUUUUUGUAUACUGAGUUGAAUUGUAAUGAAAUAAGAACUAUUUUUUGUGCUGUUGCCUCAAAAGGCAGACUGUGGCAAUUAUUCCAUGUCAGAAGUAAUAAAGAGGAAAACGAGAAACAAGAAGAAAGAAAAUAAAUUAUUCAAGAUUUACUUAAGUGAGCUCUCUGUGUGUUAAUUUCUCCCUAAUGCUUUGCCACAUGAAUAGACAGUGUGCUGUAGUCAAGUCGACAUUAUACAAUGAUUAAAAUGUGUUUCUCAAAUGUGGUCUGGGGAUUUAAUGGAAGACUGAAGAAGUAAGAAUAUGAAUGAGAGAGGUCAGGAGCCUGUCAGUGUUGCUCUGUGAUUGAGAGGAUUUCCUGUACAAAUACAGUCAAUUUACAGCAUCA